CGCUCGUGCAGGGGGGCGGCGCCGAGGGUCGCUCCUUGUGCAGCCUCGUCCACGUUAGCGCCGCGCCAGCCCGCAGAGCCACCCGUCCGCCGCCGCCGCCGCAGCUGUAUGGUCCAUCCUCGCGCCGCCGCCGAACCCCCUCCGGCAGCUCCGCGGCCUCCAGCGCCUCCACGUCCUCCUGGUUCUGCUCCUCCUGCCCCCGGCGGUGGCGCCCGCACCCCGGCUGUAUGAUCAGGCUACAGUCUUCAAUGAGUAACCAUAUUCCUCAGUUCUGUGGUGUUCUUGGUCACACAUUUAUGGAGUUUCUGAAGGGCAGUGGAGACUACUGCCAGGCACAGCACGACCUCUAUGCAGACAAGUGAACUGUAGAAAUUCAUU